GUCAUCGGGAGGUUUUCUUUUUUCUCACGUGCAUGUGCGAAAUAAACGUGUCUUUUUUUAAUCGUAGUGUGAAAGAUAUGAAUUUUGAAGUCGUCGGAACGUCAAUACAUGGUAACUAAUCCCAUGGAGCUCGAGUGUAAAACCGAGUCCUCGCUGUGGACCUCAUUUAAUGGAAAGAAAAGGAAGAAGAAUGCCGAUCAUCAGCAUCGGCAGCAGCAGGAGAUCGACGCGGCUAAGAGGGUCAAACGCGAGCAAGGUGUCGCCGAUGAGACGGAGGAAGUGGAGCCCCGGAUCUCCGCGCUUCCCGACCGCCUGCGACGUCCCAUCACGGCCGAGGAGUUGACAGAGCUGCUGCACUACGCCGCUCUUGGGGGAACGGGAGUCAAACAGCCGAGUUGGUGUGUUCUCCUCGGGCAAAACCGUGUCAACGGGGUGAACGUCGCGGUGGUGGAGGGUGUCGGCCAAAGUGACUUUUACAAACAUUACAUCACCCUCAGGAACCUGAGGACCAAAUACAGCAACCGUUUGACCUUCGCGUUGUCCACCAGCUGCACCCGCCUGCUGUCUACAAUAUUCAGCAGUGACGUGGACACGGCAGAGGAUUUGCCCGGGUUACAGGAAGACAAGGACAACGGCAGGUUGCACAAAGUCCUGAGGACUCACCCGGUGGUCCUGAAGUACGGUACGAGUAAGCGUGGCCUAACGGCCUACGUGCUAACCCAGGAGGAGAUGAUCAAGCGGCAUUACCCCGUGAAAGGUCUGCCGGGCUUCGAGGACUUCGCGUGCGCCGACUGCGGCGACGUCGCGGACGCCAGCCCGCUUUUUGGACUCGACUGCGAAAUGUGUCUCACAGUGAAGGGCUACGAGUUGACCCGAGUCUCCCUGGUGGACGGCGAGGGGAAGUGCGUGAUGGACCAGCUGGUCAAACCGGACAACAAAAUACUCGACUACCUCACCAGGUUCUCUGGCAUCACGGCGGCCAUGUUGCAUCCAGUCAGGACCACUUUGCGGGAUGUCCAAGUGCGUCUGAGGUCGCUGUUGCCGCGCGACGCCGUACUCGUGGGUCACGCCGUCAACAACGACCUGGUGGCUCUGAAACUGAUCCACCGUCACGUGAUUGACACGUCGCUGCUGUACAGGAGGGAGUUUGGCCAGAGGUUCAAGCUGAAAGUUCUGGCUGAGGUGGUACUCGGAAGAAGCAUCCAGACCCAGGAGGAGAAAGGACACCAUCCCGUAGAGGACGCCUUGGCCGCCUUGGAUCUAGCCAAAUACUUUAUAUGCAAGUCGCCUCUGAAGGUUGUUGAGAAUCACCUGAAGGAACUUUGGGGUUUGGCACUAGAAGAAGAAGAAGAAGAAGAAGAGUCGACAGAAGAAUCAACAGAGCUUGCGCCCAGUAGCAGGUUUGCCGACGUCCUGCAGCGUGCGGGAAGGUCCGUCUGCUACGUGGGAAAACGCUGCGACAUCAGCUUACACGCAGCCCAUCAGCAGUGGCACAGCUCGGACAGAGAGGUUGUGGCCUCUUUCCGAAGACAGCGCAAGUGUCCCUUCUUCUCCGUGCUCAGGUUGUCUUCCUUCAUCAACGUACCUCCUCGUCAAGACUACAAGGUGCGCCGGUGUCUUCAGGACAUGUGCGUUGUGUUUGCCGGACCACUUCCUGCCGGCUUCUCCGAGAGAGAAGUAAGGCGACUGUUCCGCUGCUGUGGAUCGGUCAGGACUGUCAAAAUGCUGACGACCACACACAGACUUCAUGCUGUGGUGGAGUUCAAACUACUGGAAGGAGCUGAGCUAGCACUACAAAUACUGAACGGUGCCACUGUGCAGGGACACACCAUUAAGGUCCAGAGACCGGUCAGCGAGUCCACGCUAGACUUCGACCUUAAUCUGGAGGCGCUGAUGAGCGACGGCGUCAACACGCGCCGGCUGUACGCGCUCAAGCUAAGCUCCCACGCAAGCGCCAACGGGCACGCGGCCGACGGCAAAUUGGCAGUGAACGGCCGUGCGUCCGGGUCGCUUCCCGUCAAGAAACGCCAGCUGAGCGAGGAGACGCUGACGCGGACGUUCAGCCGCUUCGGCGCCGUGGAAAGAAUCCACCUGAUGGGCAAACCCGGAAAGCGAGCCAGACAUGCCUACAUACAUUUUGAAUGUUCAGAGGCGAAACAGGCGGCCAUGGAUUCCUCCGAGGCCCUCUGGCAGGAGGAGUACGUCACAUGUCCGGCGCUGACCCCCGUCCCGAUGGAUGAAGACGGUCCACACGAGUUCAGAGGCCAAACCGACCCGGGACCUCAGGACGUGGCAAUGUGUCACAUGAUGAAAAAGCUUGACGCACGCUUGGGCAAACUCUUCACGUCUCUCCCAGAAUGCACCUUGUCUGCCGUGCUGCUGCUCCCUCACAACAGUGCGACAGAACCCGCAUCACUUGGUCUGUGCCUUUUGGAUAUCAAACGUGGAAAGUGCAAUCGCGCUGUCACGUGACACUACUUCCUGCAUCCCGGGCGGCCACUUCCUGCAGCCACUAGACUUUUCAAAAUAAAGCGAACGCACAUCUCCAAGGAUAUAAAUGUCACCAUCGUGAAAAAUGUUUUAAUGUACUGCAGAAUAAGUCUGUAAGUAUCAUACAAGUGUAAUAAAAGUCAAAUAAAAAGUACUGCAAUAUCCGGCCUACAGAGCGCACCUGGAUAUAAGCCUCACUCUGUAAAGGAAAUGCCAUUUGGUACACACAUACGCCGCAGUUGUGUAAAAGUUGCAAGUACCCAUAUUGAAACACGAGAUAUUUACAAAGAAAGAUGGUACACAGAGAGUUUAACGCUAAUGCUAGCGCCGCGCUAACUUAAAAAAACCCAAAAAACAUACCAGUAAGAAUCACUGAAACACGGCAGUAACACACUCGCACAGCGCUAACUAGGCCGGACGGGUAAAAGUCACUUCCUCGGCACAUAUAUUCCACCGGUCUCACUCAUACCUUUUCCGCUCGAGUG